AUGGGCGAGGAACAUCGCGCGAACUAUAGUUCGCCGUCGGACGGAGGUUCGGCGCUGAUUAUUGUGAGCGUGGUGCUGUCGUUUGUGCAGAUCGUCUUUGUUGCGGCGCGGUUUUAUACGCGGUAUAUGCAGCGGAUGAAAUGUGGACUGGAUGACUGGGUCAUGCUAUUUGCCUUGGGUGGGAGCUUGGCAAAAGCAAUCCUCUAUAUUGUCUUGGUCGAACUAGCAGGACUCGGCUAUCAUCUCAAUCAACUAAGCCAACCAAAAGAGAAAGUAGCCCUCGUCCGAAAGGUAUCAUCAUCUCUCUUCUCCCAAAAACCGUCUCCCCCUCUCUAUCUAUCUAUCGCAUUCCUAACACUCAAUCAGUUCUUCUUCGUCCUAGAACUCCUCGACUUCCCCCUCUGCAUCACCCCCGCCAAAAUCUCCCUUCUCCUCUUCUACGUGCGAAUCUUUUGCAUCCGCAAAUUCCAGAUCCUCGUCUACAUUGUAGGAUCUCUCGUCCUAGCCAUCGGCAUCACCGUCUUCUUCCAAACCAUCUUCCAAUGCUCACCCAUUUCUUAUGGCUGGGACCAGAGCGUUGGGCCGGGCACUUGCAUUGACCAGACCAUUUUCUACCGGUACAUCUCCUCGUUCAACGUCUUGACUGGCAUUUUGAUACUCGCUCUGCCACUGCCAUUGGUGUGGAAGCUUCAGGCUCCCAAGGCGCAGAAGAUUGCCCUGACUGCGGUUUUUCUGUUGGGUGGACUUGGAACAGUGGCAAGCAUCCUCCGCAUGGUGAUUUACAUGCUGAAUGACUCCACAACACUAAGUGAUGUUACCUGGUUUUCCGUCAAACUAGGCAUCCUCACCGUCGUCGAAGGCGCAGUCAUAAUAAUCGCCUCCUGCCUCGUAACAAUCUGGCCCCUAGUAAUCCGGCUCACCCCGCAACGCCUCCUAUCCGCACUAUCCGGUUCUUCCCCCACCACACCCAGGGACCACGAACACCAUCAGUGCUGGUACAUGCGCACACGCCGUCCAUCAAAAAGCGAAGCCGCCCUCACAAAUUCUAGAGCUAUUAGUACACCGCGAGACCAGGGGAGUGCCUCUUGGUAUAGCUCGCACUCGUCGUUUGAGCAUUUGGAAGAUCAGCGGUGGUGGAGUUAUGAGGAGGGGGAUGAGAUUAGGCCGUGCGGGACUACGCUUGAGUCACAUAGAGCAAAAGUUGAGAGUGUUUAA